UCUGUGGUGUGACGGAACUGCGCAGAAAAGACGUCAAUAACUCCUCCUAUUUUGCAGAGAAGUCAGAAAGAAGUUUCAGGAAACAGGCGCCUUAAGAUACGCCUUCAUUUGAAUUCCAAAACAGGGACGUAAAUCUAGUAAAUAGUUCGCGUUCUAUGCCACAAAGAAGUGUUUUUUUUGUUUGUUUUUUCGUUAAAGUAGUCGAACCGUAGCACGUGACUGGUGAGUCGGUGAAAGAGAAACCAACCGAAUGGCCUCCAGCACGUCGCUUUCAGAAAUGGACUUCACUUGUCCCGUGUGCUGCGACAUAUUUCACGAUCCCGUCGUCUUGUUGUGCGGCCACAGCUUCUGUGAGCACUGUAUUCAGGAGUGGUGGACACAGAGCCGCCUGAAGACGUGUCCCGUCUGUCAGGAACUGUUUCCGAUGGCGCAGCCCGCGCGUAAUCUGGCACUGAGGAACCUGUCCGACGCAGUGAGGCAGGAGAAGAUCCAGAGGGCCAACGCCACGUCGGAGGAGAUGUGCGAUCUGCACGGUGAGAAACUCAAGCUCUUCUGUUGCUACGACCGACAACUCGUGUGUGUGAUUUGUAGGGAUGCACAAAAACACAAGAAACACAACUGCGUGCCCCUCGACGAAGCAGUCGGACCCUGCAAGGUGAGCACAUGUGAAGAGUUUCAUGAAAACUGCGCAAUAAUUCUUCAGGCAAACGUGUUGCUAAUCCACUGUGUACUUCCACCCAAACACCUUCCAAUUGUACAGGCCCAACUCAAGCUUUCUAUGGUGAAUUUAAAAACCAAAUUGGGCAGAUUUAAAGCACAAAAAUCCAAGUGUGAUAAAAUCGCCGGACAUAUCAAGUGGCAGGCUCAGCAGACUGAGAAGACGAUCAAAGAGGAGUUCCAGAAGCUCUACCACUUCCUGCAGGCAGACGAGGCUGCCAGGAUCGAGGCAGUGAGGAAGGAGGCAAAGUUCAAGAGUGUAGCAAUAGACAUCGCCAUCGUGAAUUUGACUGCAGACAUCGCCUCCCUCUCGGACAAACUCAAAGCCGUAGAGAUGGAGAUGGCAGCUGAUGACCUUUCAUUUAUGCUGAAUGUCAAAUCCAACAUAGAGCGGUCCCAAUGCAAGCUACCAUACCCAGAGGUUCCAUGGGGAGCCCUGAUCGACGAGGCCAAACAUCUGGGGAACCUGCUGUUCGCGGUCUGGCAGAAAAUGAAGAACAUUAUCCAGUACACUCCUGUUACUCUGGACCCCAACACAGGCAGCUCACGAGUGACCAUAUCAGAACACAUGACCCGCUGUGCAAAAAGCUACAAGAACCAGCCGCUCCCCGAAAACCCAGAGAGAACGUUGUGCUCGGACGUUCUGGGCUCUGAAGGUUUUAGCUCUGGUGCACACAGCUGGGACGUGGAGGUGGGCGGUUAUUGGUUCCUCGGUGUGGCUCCUCGAACCAAUGUACGAACCUAUGAAAAUGUUUGGGGCAUCUACAUCAACGGUUGUCUUGAACGUCUCUUUGAGCGCGAUCAGGGAAAUAAUUCAAAAGUCGUAUCCGAACAUUCAUUUCCCCAAAACGUCAGGGUGCAUCUGGAUUAUGACAAAGGAAUACUAUCUUUUUUUGAUCUCGAUAGGAAAACGCGCGUGCACACCAUCAAAUGCGCUUUCACGCAAACGGUAUUUCCGUGUUUCAGCGAGAACGCAAAAAUCCUUCCAUAUGAAUUUUCAGUGAGGACAAGAGAACCCAGAUAAACACUCAGCAUGGCUGCAGAGAAACAACCAGAAGAUGAUCAGAACCAUAAGCAACAGCAAUAUGACUUUGUAGCAGGGUUUACCUCUGGGUUUAUCUCAUUCACCUCAGUAAUGCCAACACAGGUCUAAGGUCUCAGUCCUCAAUGCUCAAUAGAUACAUUAUUCUCACAAGUUUAAAAGGGAAAAAAAGCAGGCAAUGCUUAACUCAGGGGUUCAAAACGGCAUCAACAAGCCAACCGAUUUCCAUACAUGAGGAAUACACAGCAUGGUGUGAUCUGCGCUUCUGAACAAGGUCGAAAAGUGAGACUUGCAAGAUAUUUUUAGGGGGCAUAAUCUCUGAAAGAUGCCAUUGGGUUGUGUCAUGCACAAUGGUAAAUGAAGGGUCCACUGCUUUUGUGAGGUUUGACCACAUGAACAAAGGCAACUGAAACAGAAUCUUCAGUUUAAUCAUGUGAUUAUGUUGUAUAGAUUAAGAUUAAGUCCAUUUUCCAGUUUUCAACAUGUUUUGAAGGAGUUCUUUUCUAUCUGAACUGAGUGUGUGAGGACGGAGGGUUUUGGCCAAAGUUUUGUGAUUUGGGCCUCGUUAAACAAACGUGACUUAACAUUUACAUGCAUCUGUUAUCAAAUAAAAUGUAUAUCAAAUAAAAUGUAUUUCAAGUAA